UAUAAUUUUUAUAUGUAAAUUUUAAUAUUUUAUACGUUUAAUUACAUCAAUCAUCAAAAGAUCUUCGGGUACAAAAAUAAAUGCUCUAAAAGGUAAAAACCCUAAGUUGUCUUAGUCUUCUGCGUCAAAGUCGCCGCCUUUCCCUUCAGUUUCAGCUUCAACGCUUCUCGAUUGGAUAAAUUGAAAAUGAGUAAAGGUAGUGCAGCAGGACCCAAGGGCAAGAAGAAGGGAGUUACCUUCACUAUUGAUUGUUCGAAGCCCGUGGAGGAUAAAAUCAUGGACAUUGCCUCACUGGAGAAGUUUCUACAGGAGAGAAUCAAGGUUGGAGGGAAGGCUGGUGCACUUGGUGAAACUGUAACUCUCGCCCGUGAGAAGAGCAAAAUCACUGUUACUUCUGAUGGUGCCUUCUCCAAGAGGUAUCUGAAGUACUUGACCAAAAAAUACUUAAAGAAACAUAAUGUACGUGAUUGGCUCCGAGUGAUUGCAUCCAACAAAGACCGAACUGUUUAUGAACUAAGGUACUUCAACAUUGCUGAGAACGAGGGUGAGGAAGAAGAUUGAUACCUGGGAACAGUCAGUUGUCAUGCUAGUUGCUUUGUCACCUUUUUUAUUUCAGUAUUUGAUUAUUUGAGGCUUUGAACAAUCAGGUUUUACAAACCUUUUGUUAUCUAUUGAAUAUGAGAUUUUGCAAUGCCUCUGUUGUACCAAUUGAACGUAUUUUAUGUUGUGAUUUUGUCAUUAAGCUUAGAAUGAUUUGGAGUUUGAACAGAUUAUGCUAUCAAUUAUGAUGAUUGGAGGCAUUCCACCUAUUUAUUAUAA